AUGAGCCUAAGGAAUACAGAGGGCUGGAUCGGAGCUGUCUCCUCUUUCCGUUCGUGCCCCACGGCCUUCCUCUCUGCCUAUGGGGCCAGCGAUACCUUUGUAGAUGACCUGUUGCAGGAGUUGCAAAAUGAAAAGCUGGGGGAGCAGAUCAAGGUCUCCAUGUUGUCGCUCCUCUUGGAAUACCCCACUCUGUUGUGCCCAGAUGCCAAGGCGGGGCAAGAGGCCGCGGCCUCCUUGCUGUCCCUUUAUGCCCAGCUGGGUCCCUCGCCCAAACUGCUGUCUCUGCGGUGCCACCUGCUUUUCGCAAUGGGGACGGUGCUGCUGGCCACGGAGGCCUUUGGCGAGGACGGCCAGACUUCCCACGAAUACCUCUCCCUGCUGUUCCACCUGGCUUCGGACCUUAAUGACCGCCACGGGGGCCCUGCGGAAAGACCCCUGCGGGCAGCCGCCUGCGAGUGCCUGAGAGAGGUGGAAUGUUGCCACCCCGGUUUGCUGUCGCGGCGCUUGGAGACCCUGCAUUCCUUGCAGCAGCAGGAAGCCUCUCCGGCCCACCAGGGUUACACGUUGCUCUACAGCUUGGCUCUGCGGAACGCGAUCUUGCUACUUGCGCGGGGUGGCCAGGGAACCCUGGGGGAGCUUCUGGCUGGCAGCGAGGGUCUGGUCUGGGGGGCUACAAAGGAGCUGGGCGACCUGUCCCUGGCCGCUCUCAACCAGCUGCUCCUCAUGCCCUCGUCCGAGGACCUCAAGGAGUUGAAAUCGGUGGUCUCGGCCCUGUUGGACACCUCCUAUCUCUUGUCCCCCGCUGCCCAGAGCCACCUCCUGUGGCACUUGGCCCAAGCCGUGAGCGUGGUGCGCACGCAAUCCCCCGCCAUCUUCAAAGCCCAGCUGGUGCGCCUCUUUGGCACAGCCGACGCGGCGCUGCUGCACGCCAUCCUGCAGCUCAAGUCUCUCUUCACGGACAGCCUCUUCACUGCCGAAGAUGAGGCGUUCUUGCUGCGCCGCCUGGUGGGCAUGGCCCAGCACCCUGCUCUGCCCGCUCCGGUGAAACUCUUCCACCUGGACUGCCUCCUGCAUUUCCCUGAGAACCGGCCGCUGGGCUCGGGCCCGGAGGAGGGCCUGCCAGUUUUGCUGACUCCCCGCACGAUCUCCGGCCUUUUCCCCGGGCUCUUCCAGGAUCAGGGCACCGUCCUAGCCCGGCUGAACCUGCUGUGCCUGGUGUGCAUGGAGAGCGAAGGACCGGCUGCCGAACAGGGGGUAAGCUACCUUUUGGAGCAUGUGCUGGCCCUUGGGGGGUUGGUGGCCGGGAAAGGCGGGCAGGAGGCCUCCCGGCUCUUUUUCCGAGCAGCCUUCCUUUUUGCCCGGUACUUUGGCUCGCGGGCGCAGCCCAUGGCGGAGCUGACCCGCUGCCUCUUGGACCUCUAUCGCCAGAACUGCCCUCUGGCGCCAAAUGUUAUCAACCUUUUGGACGAAGCGUGGGCGGUGCUGGAGGAGCCCGGCUGGGCGGGUUCGUUUGCUCGCGGCUUGCAAGAGCUGAUUGUGGGGUUACCCUUGCAAGAGAGGGAGCUGAGCUGGCAUCUCAAGGUCUUAGCCAGGCUGGCAAAGGAGAAGGACAUCCCCCAAAGGAGCACCAUGCGCUUCCUGAGACGCCUGGUUGCCUCGGACCGACUUGGGGACUGGCGCUCGGGACAAAUCCUCCUGAGCGUCUGCCGCAAUUUGAUGCAGCUUCAACCGCUGCCUGCUCCGUCCCAGCUGGCAGACCUCCUGCAGGCUGUCUCCCUCUGCCACGUAGAUGUAGACGUCCGAGACCGGGCUCGGUUCUACUACACCCUGCUGGCCAGCCUCUCUGAUGAGAAACUCGGGGCUGUUCUGGCCCCGCAGGGCCCCAUCAAGGCCCGAACGCUCUCCUCUUCUAUUGUGGCCGACAGCGAGAGCUUUGUGGCUUCUCUGACGGUGCACCCUGCUGUGCGAGCCCCCAUGCGGUUGGAGAGGGUAGGGAAGAGCAGCGAUGGGCCUGUGGCCCCCCACUCUGCGCAAGACGUGGACAGCUAUUGCCGGUGGCUGCUGGAGCCGCGGCCCCCCUCACAGCUCCACCUGACAUACCAGCUGGUCCACUCGGGACCCCCCGAUCCCCCCUGUGACCUCUUGCUCUGUGUGGUGCUGCGCUUUGAGUGCUCCGACCGGCAUUAUGAGCCCGUGCCGGAACUGUGUGUGCCCUGCCUCUCGGCACGCCACCCACCCCAGGCUGUGACCCUGACGCUGCAGCCACGUUGUCCCUACCCCACGUGGGUCAACGUCUUUGCCCUGUAUACCACGCAGAAGGGUCUCACCCACUGCAGCCAGCUAGAGCCCCUGGAAGUAGCUUUCCCUGACCUCUUUUUGCCCCUGAUGUUGCCAGCCUGGCCCCCUGAGGAGCGGCACCAUCUCUUUGGCGCUCUUUGGCACCAGCUCCACCCGGACACCAACGAGACUUGCGCCGAAAGCCUCAUCUGCUGGCCCGUGCCCCCUCAAUCCCUGGCGCGCUUGGUGCAGGAUCAUUUUGCUGGGUACAUUCUCGCCGAACAGUCGGGCUCGUACGAAAUCGGCAUGGCCCUGCCGCCGCAGUAUCACAUUCUGCUGCAAGUGCAGAGCGUUAAAGAUGCCGCCCGCGUGAGCAUCCGGACGGACAACUGGAAACUCUUACCUUCCCUGAACAGCUACUUGCUGGGUCUUGUGGAGGCCGGGUGAGGGGGAAGAGGGACUGUUGGAUGAACUCCUGUUGGGAUGUGCACAUGUAAUAAAUAAAAAUCUUUU